GCGCGCGGUGCAUGUCGGUCCCGAGGCGGACUGUCCCCUCGCUGUGGGGCACUCGGAGUCUCGCCUGACGCCAUGUUCCUUUGGGCAGCUGCCGCCCGGGGCUUCUAGCUGCCGCCGCCCCCGCAGCCUCUAGAGCCGCAGUCGCCGGCCGGGAGCAGAGCCAGGCCAUGUCCGUCAAGGAGGGGAGUAAGGGGCUGCCGCCGCCUCUCGGCACCAGCGACCGGGCCGUUAAGGCUGUCCCUUUUCCACCAACACAUCGCUUGACAUCUGAAGAAGUGUUUGAUAUAGAUGGAAAACCUAGGGCUGACAUUUUGAAGAAUCACUUAGUAAAAGAAGGUCGGGUAGAUGAAGAAAUUGCACUUAGAAUCAUCAAUGAGGGUGCUGCAAUUCUACGAAGAGAGAAAACUAUGAUAGAAGUUGAAGCCCCAAUUACAGUGUGUGGUGAUAUUCAUGGCCAGUUCUUCGAUCUAAUGAAGCUGUUUGAAGUUGGAGGAUCACCAGCUAAUACAAGAUACCUCUUCCUUGGUGACUAUGUAGACAGAGGUUAUUUUAGUAUAGAGUGUGUGCUGUACUUAUGGGUCUUGAAGAUUCUGUAUCCAAAUACAUUAUUUCUUUUGAGAGGCAACCAUGAAUGUAGACACCUCACAGAAUAUUUUACCUUUAAGCAAGAAUGUAAAAUAAAGUAUUCAGAAAGAGUCUAUGAUGCUUGUAUGGAAGCUUUUGAUUGCCUCCCUCUUGCUGCACUUUUAAACCAACAGUUUCUUUGUGUUCAUGGUGGACUUUCACCAGAAAUAAACACACUAGAUGACAUUAAGAGACUAGAUAGAUUCAAAGAGCCUCCUGCAUUUGGACCAAUGUGUGACUUAUUGUGGUCAGAUCCCUCAGAAGAUUUUGGAAAUGAAAAAUCACAAGAACACUUCAGUCAUAAUACAGUCAGGGGAUGCUCAUAUUUUUAUAGCUAUCCAGCAGUUUGUGAAUUUUUGCAAAAUAAUAAUUUGUUGUCGAUAAUUAGAGCUCAUGAAGCACAAGAUGCAGGCUAUAGAAUGUACAGAAAAAGCCAAACUACAGGUUUCCCAUCAUUAAUAACAAUUUUUUCGGCACCUAAUUACUUGGAUGUCUACAAUAAUAAAGCUGCUGUGUUAAAAUAUGAAAAUAAUGUGAUGAAUAUUCGACAGUUCAAUUGUUCUCCGCAUCCUUAUUGGUUACCAAAUUUUAUGGAUGUCUUUACGUGGUCAUUGCCAUUUGUUGGAGAAAAAGUAACAGAAAUGUUGGUGAAUGUUUUGAGCAUUUGCUCUGAUGAUGAAUUAAUGACAGAGGGAGAAGAUCAAUUUGACGUAGGUACAGCUGCAGCACGAAAAGAAAUAAUCAGAAACAAAAUACGUGCAAUUGGCAAGAUGGCAAGAGUCUUCUCUGUUCUGAGGGAGGAGAGUGAAAGUGUGCUGACACUCAAGGGUUUGACUCCCACUGGAAUGUUACCUAGUGGAGUGUUGGCCGGAGGACGACAGACUCUGCAAAGUGUUUUUCUUCAUAUUGCAUUAUAAACACCAGAGAGAGGAUCAAACUGACUAGAAAAACAUGUUUUGUUAACAUAACACAUGCAACAUAUUACCACUAGAGGAGAAAGCUGGACAUUUGGAAAGUAUGCAAAGGGGAAGGGAGGGUUUGGGUGUGUGUGUUUUUUUUUCACUGACUCCAGAAUGCUUUAUUGCGGUAUUCCUUGAUACACUGAAUCAAUACAUUAGCUAUUUCAUUCUUGUUUCACUGUUUCAAAAUAAUCCAAUUGUUAACUUUUCUUAAAAUGUAAUUUAGUUCUUACUGAUCAACAUGAACCAAUUUAUUUAGAUUUUUAUCUUGUACUAACUAUGUAUGCAUCUUUUAAACAGAACCUAUUAAAGAUUUUAAAUAUAAAUACAACACAGUUUCCAAACUACAAAAGGAAAAGUUCUGAAGUAAAACAACUAUAAUACAAACCUCACUAAUUUACACUUUGUUAAAUCAUUGCAAAAUUGGUGAACUCUGCACUUCUUGGCAAAUAUUUAUUAGCCAAUGUUAUAGUGAGGUUUCACAUUGAAAAGAUUUCAUUAUUUUUAAAAAAUAUUCUGUAUUUACCAGUAUAGUAUGAAAUGUCAUAAAUAAUUACAGCUAAACUACAUUUUAGAAAAUAAAUGAACAAAGCCUAUUUUGUGAUGUAUAAUCCUUGCUUUUCUAUUGUUUUUUGUUCACUUGCUAGUUCACAAAAUUCAGUAAUGAUCAAUGGGUUUCCCAGUCACUGAUGCUAAUUAGCGAAGUUCUCUUGUGUUGAUAAUUGGAAAAAUCAUCUGUUUGCAUCUGUAUGCAUUGUCAAAGCUCAAUCUGCUUCCACUGGUAGUUUUUAUUUUAGUGGGGUUGUAUGUGGUUCAAGUGAUUUGGGCUGAAACUUUUUUUAUGAAAAUAGAUAGUGUAUCCAGAUAUAUUUGUAAAAUUAAUAUUUACUUUAAGUACAAACACAGAUAUAAAUAAACCAAAGUAAGCAUUUUGAAUUGGAGCUUCAGAAAUGUAAUUUGGACCCAACUUCAGAUUUUUGGCAAGAAAUACCUACAAUCAGAACUGUUUCAUUUUGAGAUCAAACAAAAACUGGGCACAACAGUCCUUAAAGGAACAAUAAACUCUGUACUAAGUUAUUAGAAGAGACUAUGAUGUUUAAAACAAAACAAAACAGAUGAUAUUAGUACCUGUCAAUGUACAGCUAUACCUGAAAUAAUUUGUUCAGAGUUGGCCCCUUGGGGAAGAGCUGAUUGUCUGGGAUAGAAUGCAGCAUAGGGCACCUAAAAUGAUACCCAGUCUAAAGUAUCUAAAUUGUGAGGAAGGGUUAAACUGAUUCUCUUUGCAAAAUAAAAGAGACCGAGGUGUAACAACAUAAAUUCUAAGCAUCAUGUAAAGGGGUAUAGUCAAUAGACAUAUAUUUAUUGCUGAUAAGAGCAGAGGAAACAACCUGAAAAUUAGAGUAAAUUGGGAAUACCAGCAUAAUUAUAUCACACAAAAGGAAGUGAGCAUAUUAACCACUUGAAAACACCUGGAUUCAUUUCUGGAGGAGGGGUUCAGAGGAAUUCAAGGUUGUUGGUACUGAGAGAAAUUGUUAAAAGGGAAGGUAUUUGGGCAAUAUUGCCUUUGUUUGUAACAAUUAUUAUUUGAAGUGGAGUUAAGCAUUUAAUAGUAUAUUGCUUACAUGAGCAAAUUCAGGCAACUUUAUUUCACUUGUGCUUCAUUACUUUAAUAAUGCUGUAAGAUAUAACUUUUCUAAUGCCGUUUAUUCAACGCAAUGAAGUUGUCACCAUUUAUUUGAAUUAGGGCUGUCAAUUAACUGCCAUUAACACUUGGGAUUAACGCACAGCACAAUUAACACGUUCAUAUUUUUAACACACGUUAAUCGCAGACCCUCUGGGCGGGAGGGCAGCAUGAGCUCCUCUGAGAAACCUGUUUGGUCAGGCGCAGUAACACAAGCCGCCACCAGAGAGCGGGAAGAGAAGAGGCUACAGAAAGUAAGGUAGUUCUCAUCCCUGCCUUUUUAAAGUAAAAACAGGACGGUCAGGGGCUCGCUGGAGCGCGCCCACACAAACACCCCGCAGGGCUCACUGGAACCACCCUCCCCAUGCCUCCCAGGGCUGGGGCUGACCCCCUACCCCCACCCACUCUGUGCCACCUGCGGCUGGGGCUGAAUCCCAUGCUGCCCGCAGCUGGGGCUGUCUCGCUGAGCUCUGCACUGCCCACGGUGGGAUCUCCCCUCCCCCCCCCAUCCUGAGCUCAGGGGCAGACCCCCCACCCCCGAGCCCUGUGCCAUCUGCAGCUGAGGCUGAUGCCUCCUUCUGUGAGCCACGUGCUGUCUGUGGCUGGGGCUGACCCUCCACCCCAAAGCCCCGUGCCACUCGGGACUGGGGCUGACCCCACCAUCCCCAAGCUCCAUGCCUCCCCCAGCUGAGGCUGAUUUUCCCCCUCCCACCCCGAGCUCUGUGCCUCCCCCAGCUGAGGAUGACUUCCCUCUCCGCCCCCCCCGAGCUCUGUGCCUCCCCCAGCUGAGGCUGACUUCCCCCUCCCCUCUCCCCCCGAGCUCUGCGCCUCCCCCGGCUGAGGUUGACACCCGCCCCCGAGCUCCGCGCCGCCCAGGGGUCAGCUCCGAAGCCAGCACUGCCUGCCAGCAGCAAAUUUCUCCAAUUUCCUGCUGGUGGGCUCUGCUGCCUUCAGCAGCCACCUCUCUCUACUCUGCUUUGGAGCUGGGACAAAUACCCAGUUUUGGCGAAGAAGUAGGGAUGGCCGGGACAGAGCUGAAAAAGGGGACUGUCCUUGCCAAAACAUGACAUAUCACCCUAGCCAUCCCGAGCCCUGUUGUUCCCGGCUGACCCGUCACUCCUGGGACCAACCCCCCUGAAUCAUGCCCAUUUGCGCCGAGCUGGCCGCUCACUCCAAGGGUACCCCUCUGGCGAGCUCAGCCUCCCUGCACCAGCUUCUCCUGCCAUGCAGUAUGAGGAGUCCCUGAGGUAAAAUCCACCUUCCCUUGCAAACAAGGGCUCACUCAGCUGAAGGGAGCCCUCCUAGCUUAGUAAAAGGAGGCAAGCCCAGUACCAGAAACCACCCUUCCAGAAGCAGCAGCAAGACACCUCCCUCACCCUCCUCCUGCACAAGUUAUUGCUUACUCCCCCCUCCUCGUCCUCCCCCAACAUGGAAUGCUUGUUUGUCUGAGUAAUUGGCUGAACAAGAAGUAGGACUGAGUGGACUUGUAGGCUCUAAAGUUUUAUU